CUCCUUGGUACAGGCAUACACAUCCAUACACAGCCGCACUGUGCUGCUGACUCUCCUAUCCUCACACGCUCCUGCAGCCGGCUGAGCGCUCCUUCUGUACUGAUGAAGUGACGGGAGCGCACCGUUCAGCAGCGGCUGUUGAUAAAUCUCUGUACUUGGUCUGCGGGUCAUGGGAAACCUCAUUAAGGUUUUGGGAAAAGAUUUAGAAAAUUGUCCUCAUUUUUUCCUGGAUUUUGAAAGUGUCAGAUGGGGAACCUUUUAAAAGUCCUGUCUUAUAACGACAUAGAACAGUGUCCCACUUUUUUCCUUGACUUUGAACAUGCUCAGCCCACUGAGGCAGAAACCGCUGUGUGGAAUCAAGUGAAUUCUGUGCUGGAGGAGGCCCAAGGUGUCCUGGCUGAGCUGCAGUCAUACAGGGGAGCAGGACAAGAGAUAAGACAGGCAAUUCAGAAUCCACUGGAUCUCCACCUACAAGAGGAGGCCUGGCGUGCUGUCUGUCCCUUGGUAGCCAAACUCAAGCGUUUCUACGAAUUUUCCCUUCGACUUGAAAAUGCCUUGCACAGCCUCCUGGAAGCUCUCACAUCACCCCCAUAUGCCCCUACUCAACAUCUUGAGAGAGAGCAAGCUCUGGCCAAACAGUUUGCUGAGAUUCUGCAUUUCACUCUUAGCUUUGAUGAACUUAAGAUGACAAAUCCUGCAAUACAAAAUGACUUCAGUUACUACAGACGAACAGUCAGUCGCAAUCGACUAAACAAUUUUCAGGUGGAUGCAGAGAGUGAUGUAAACAAUGAAAUGGCCAAUCGCAUGUCUUUGUUUUAUGCCGAUGCCACCCCCAUGCUGAAGACUCUGAGCAAUGCAACCACUAAGUUUGUGUCUGAGAACAAGUCUUUGCCCAUUGAAGAUACAACUGACUGUUUGAGCACAAUGGCCUGUGUGUGCAGAGUAAUGCUGGAGACUCCAGGGUACCGCAGCCGUUUUACCAGCAACGAAACACUGCUCUUCUGUAUGCGAGUCAUGGUUGGAGUUAUCAUCUUGUAUGAUCAUGUACACCCAGUUGGAGCCUUUGCCAAAACCUCCAAAAUUGAUAUGAAAGGUUGCAUCAAGGUGCUGAAGGAUCAACCAUCCACAAGCACAGAGGGCCUUCUAAAUGCUCUGAGAUAUACAACCCGCCAUCUAAACGAUGACACCACAUCCAAGCAGAUCCGAGCUUUGCUCCAGUAAAACACUGUGCAUUUUCACUGUAUUUGAGACAGCAAGGGGGAGAGGGUUUUGUGUGUCUUGUGUUAUACGUCCCUCCUGCCUUCCUGCUCCUGUGUUCAAUAAUCUGCAGGUAGAGGAUAGUGAUCCUUGAUGUAGUCCUUGCUACAUCAAUGUCCUUUCGGUUCUCAAACAAUACAAAAUACAUAGCAGCCAGUCCUGAUAGUAGCAUCAGACUCCAGAACCAGUAUGUAUAUCCCAGAUUCUUCAUGUAGACUGUGCAUAUUACAUGUACAACAUCCUACACUGAAUUUUCUGUACAUUAGUAUUCUAAAGGAAUAUUUCUAUCAUUUUUGAAGCACCUGGCUCUGUUCCUCUGUGUCCUAUAUUUAUCAAACCUAGCUCGGUAUAUAUUAUUUUUGUUUUAAGGGGAAAUGUACCUAACACUGUGCCACAAAUUCAUGUGCUGUACUGGCCUGCAAAUAUGCAUUUGUGUACACAUACACUAGUAUUAUUUAAGGCACACCUGGUCAAUUUGCAUGAACUUUUAAAUGCAAUUGGACCUGCCAUCUAUAAAGAUUUACUUGGAAUCUUUCACCUAAAUCUGCCCAGUCACUGGCUACUUCUAGGUGUUUUUAUAACACCUGUUUACAACUGGAUUGUGUGUUUUUUUGUUUCACUGGUCAAGAUUCUGUUUGGUUUUAUAUACAACUUAAUGUACAUACAGUACAAUGACUACCACCAUUUAUUACGUGCAACUAAUAGUAUGUGGACAUGCAGACUACAGUUUUUUUAGCAAGUGGAGCAACCUCUAUGUUGAUGUCAUGUUAAUUCCAAUUAUGCUUCAAUGUUUCUGAGGCAUGUAAAGAACUUUGUAUAGCCUCCCACUGCUUUAGAGUUAAUUUAAUUCACAAAUCCUCAAAAUAUUAGUACAACCCACCCAACAUAUAUGUUUUAGUACCAUAAGAGACCACUGAUAAAUCAACUGGAAGCAUUUUCAGACAUUUGCAUGUGCUGUAGUCACAUUUCUUUCAGUCUAUACAAAUCACUGAAUCGAUAGUUUGAAGACUGUACGUGUGUACGACUGAGUUUAAUGGAAACCUCUUAUUUAGCAAAGGAUGCAUCAACUUUUAAACACAACUGUGUAACAACCAAACAGAUUUAUGUAAGUAUAUAUAUAGUAUUAAAAUACAGAAAUUACUUUCCAUAACACUUAUCUACAAUGUGAAGAUAAUGUACAGCAUAUAAUGUAACACUGCACAAAGAUCAUUUGCAAUGCUUUGCUAAGUUAUAUUUACAUUCCCGUAUUAGAAUGUCAUGUGCAAUAAGUUCUAGCCUUCCAAGUUUAACAAAUAAAUUCAAUCCCAUGAGAAUAUGUAUCUACUGAAAACGCUGGUGCUGCUCAUGGGGGAAAUCUGGAGAUAUUUUAUUCUGAUGAAUCAUGCUCUUAAUUGGGCAGAUUACAUAGCUACUACCCUAUUCUGCACAUUUGCUUUAACAUUACUGAUAUACAGAUUUGUUUUCCAAACAGUCACAUGUAUGAUAGCUCUGAAUAACUUUCUGAACUUCUUCAAAUAUCCAGCAAUUUCUACAAGAAAAAGAUCUAAAACUGGAACACUGGAACUGUGCCUGGGAUGUGUCUAUAAAUUGGUUGCAUGAGGAUAAGCUAUACCACUGAAAGAAAUGUUAUGGGUUUUGAACAAAUAAUAUUGUUCAUUGGAUAAAUGAGAUGGAGAUGAAUUACACCUAGAAGAUUGGUCAAGAAAUUUGAUGCAGCCUUAGUCACUCAUAUAUACAUUGUAUACUCAACCUGAUGAUUAUUUGUCUGUACAUCUGAUAAAAGGAGCAUAAAGUGUAGUGUGUCUGAGUUAAUGUUUGCAGUGCAACUGAUCUUGUAUAAUUCAGACUGAUGCUGAUGUAAAAGAACGGACUAUUAACACCAAUUUUUACUCUAUGUAUUUCACAAGACACAUUAUGACAUAAAUGAUCUUUGUAAAACUU